AUGUCGCUGUUCAAAAGGUUCUUCUACCGGCAGCCGCCGGAUGGACUCCUUGAGAUCUCCGAGAGGGUCUUUGUAUUUGACUGUUGCUUCUCGACGAAUGUUGUGGAAAAAGAAGCGUACAAAGAUUAUAUAGGGGGAAUAGUAGCAGGUCUACAAUAUCACUUUCCAGAUGCUUCAAUCAUGGUAUGCAAUUUCAGAGAAUGGGAAACGCGGAGCCAGAUAUCAGAUAUGUUGGCACAAUUUGACAUGCCGGUUAUGGAGUACCCUCAGCAAUAUGAGGGUUGUCCAUUACUCCCUCUGGAGAUGGUGCACCAUUUCCUCCAAUCAAGUGAAAGCUGGUUGUCUGUGGAGGGGCAGCAAAACGUCGUGUUAUUGCAUUGCGAAAGGGGGGGUUGGCCUGUCUUGGCGUUCAUGCUAGCAGGUCUUCUCUUGUACAGGACGCAUUAUACAAGGGAGUUGAAUACUCUUGAAAUGGUCUACAAGCUAGUACGUAAAGAACUCUUAUUUCCUUUUAAUCCCCAACCUUCUCAGUUGAGAUAUCUCCAGUAUGUUUCCAGAAGACAUUUGGAUUAUGAGUGGCCUCCACAAGAAACACCCUUGCUUUUGUACUGUUUGAUCCUCAGAGACCUUCCAUUGUUUGGUGGUGGAGAAGGUUGCAGGCCUAUUGUUCGUGUCUAUGGUCCAGACCCUACAAGACCUGCCAAUAGUAGCUCUAACAUUCUUUUCCAAACUCCAGGUUCCCUCAUUCGACACUACCCGCAGGCAGAAUGUAGGCUCGUGGGAAUUGAUAUCUAUUGUUGUGUUCAAGGGGAUGUUGUUCUUGAAUGCAUACAUUUGAGUGAAGAUUUAGUUCACGAGGAAAUUAUGUUUAGAAUAAUGUUUCAUACUGCAUUUGUUCACUCAAACAUAUUGAUCUUGAGUCGUGACGAUAUUGAUGUUGCGUGGGAUUCAAAGGAGCAGUUUCCCAAGGACUUUAGAGCAGAGGUGCUUUUCUUGGACGUUUAUGAUCUUGUACAUAAUCUAUCCAACGUAAGCCGAGAUACAAGUGACACUGAAAGUGAUUCACCAGAUGAGUUCUAUGAAGUGGAAGAGAUCUUUACGAAUGAAGAUUGUUCAGAUCCUCUUACUUCUCAAGACUCUACUUCAGAUGAUGGGAGUCACCAACAGGAAGUUGGAAAGGUAGAAUCUUGUAUUAACACAGUUAAAGAUAUUGCUGUUGAUGAUGUCAAAUACAAGUUUCAAAGGAUGACAGAUUUGGAUCCUCAUGAGAUUAAAGACAUUGUUGUCGAUGAAGUGGAGAUUAAGUCGAAUUCAAUUGCAGACAAUAUGGAUUUGCAAGAUGAGGAGGUGACAAUUAUUAUGCACAAGAAUUUUGAUGAAGGGGAGGAAAAGCAUGAUCUUUCUAUGUCACAUUCUGUUCAUAAACUACAUUCAUCAGUUAGUGACCCACCUCUCGAGUCAACCACAACUUACUUCAAAUCCAAUGCUUCUGCCAGUACCUCCUCCACCCCCACCCGCACCUCCACCUCUAUCUAG